AUGCUGCUCGGCAGCUUCAGGGGCCUCGCGCUACUUACACCCAUAGCAGCUGCUCUUGCCCAAGACAACCAGCACCAUAGAUAUGAAGGCCUACAGGUCGGUCUCGGCGAGCCGGGCCUGACGAUUCACGGGAUCCCCUUUAGCACGAGGGCGCACUGGAUGAGACAGGCCAACGAAGCCCUGUACCAUGUAGCAAGGACGCCCUGUCCCUUUGAGGCGUUUGGGACCGUCAUCGUCAACCACACGGCCGGGGGACUCGGGGACCUGGUAUGCAUCGGGGCAAACAUGCGGAGUUCGACGGGGGAUCCGACAAUGCACGGAGAGAUCGCGGCCAUCCGCAACUGCAGCGCCAUCCUCACCGACCCAACCGGUCCCUACCGCCUGACAGCGCGCGAAGCCCUGGCCGCCUUCUCGCAGCUGACGCUCUACACCAACGCCGAGAGCUGCCCCAUGUGCGCCUCGGCCAUCUACUGGGCGGGGAUGAGAGAGUACGUCUACGGAACCGGCAUCGAGGCCAUGGUGCGCAAGGGCUGGGGCCAGGUGCGCAUGUCCUCGCCCGAGGUGCUCCGCCAGGCGUUCAACGUGGGCGGCGGGCCGACGAGGAUCCUGGGCGGCGUCUUGGCCAACGAGACGGAUGCAUAUCUGCUGUGGCAGUUUGACCCGGACCUCGUCAUUCCCGUCAUCGGCCUCAUCCUCUCGCUGCUCUCCCAACGCCACCUCUCCUCCCCCGCCUCGGGAAAUACUGCGACGACACCCGCCUCGGACAACAAGCUCACCUCGGCCACCAUGUCUUCUUCCAUCCGCCGGACGGCGCCCCUGGUGUUCCCGGCAGUCGGCAAACACACAGCCACAGUCUUCUUCGCCCACGGCUUGGGCGACUCGGGCGCCGGGUGGGCGGAUGCUGUGCAGCAUUGGCGCAGGAAACGGCGGCUCGACGAGGUCAAGUUUGUGCUGCCGAAUGCGCCCGUCAUGCCCAUUACCCUGAACAAUGGGUUCCCUAUGCCGGCCUGGUUCGACAUUAAAUCCCUAGCGCCGUCAAUCAACUCGCUGCAGGCCCGCGCCCUCAACGAAGAUGUCGCCGGCAUCCUCGAAUCCCGGGCCUACUUCCACUCCCUCAUCCAGGACGAGAUCUCGGCCGGCAUCCCCGCCCACCGCAUCGUCCUCGGCGGCUUCUCCCAGGGCGGCGCCUCGAGCAUCCUCGCCGGCCUCACCGCCCCCGUACAGAUUGGUGGCGUCGUCGCCCUCUCGUCAUGGCUCCUCCUCAGCCAGUCCUUCAAGGAGCACGUCCCCGAGGGCGACUUCAACAAGGCCACGCCCGUCUUCAUGGCGCACGGGGACAGGGACCAGAUGGUGCGCUACGAUCUGGCCAAGGCCAGUGCCGAGGCGCUGAAGAACAUGGGCUAUGACGUGACGCUCAAGACGUACCCGGGUAUGGAGCAUUCAGCCUGCGCAGAGGAGCUGGACGAAGUGGAAGCAUUCCUGAAAGAGAGACUCCCAAGUCAGGGGCAAUGA